GCGAAGAGCUGCGAGCGUGGUGCGCCAGCGGAGACCAGCAAGCGGCGGAAUUUGGGGUGUUGGGCGGCUUUCGCUCUCUUUCAGGAAGAGUCUUCAAGCAGUUACCAUGUCAAGCAACACAGAUGUUUCUCUUUCUUCAUAUGAUGAAGACCAGGGAUCCAAACUUAUCCGAAAGGCUAAAGAAGCACCGUUUGUCCCUAUUGGAAUGGCAGGCUUCGCAGCAAUUGUCGCGUAUGGAUUAUACAAACUGAAGAGCAGGGGAAACACUAAAAUGUCCGUGCACCUGAUCCACAUGCGCGUGGCAGCCCAAGGCUUCGUUGUGGGCGCAAUGACCCUUGGGAUGGGCUAUUCCAUGUAUCGGGAGUUCUGGGCAAAGCCUAAGCCCUAGAAGAGGAGACGCUGCCUUGAAUUCUGGAAGCGCUUGCUGCAGUUAGACAUCUCAUGUUGAGGUUACGUAUUUGUGUCAAAAAUAAAUCCUUUGAGUUGGUUCAAACUGUAUUAUAGUAUCUGGAAUAACAUUUCUUCCUCGCAGCCUUGAUAACCACGCUAGUGGUGACUGCUUCA